AUGUUACCAAAAUAUAAAAUAAGUAAACCUUUUAAUUAUAGAAAUGAUUGUAUGUAUGCAAACGAAGAACCACUAUCUUUUUGGAAUGACUUGGCUAAAAAAGUUCAUUGUCUAAGUACACUUCAUCCACCCAUCCACAGUUCAUUGAUGGAGCAUCAAUUGAAGAAUAUGAUGAAGUACUUGGUCAAUGGGUUACAAUCAAGUGAUUUAGCAUUCAAAGACAAAGAUGGAUAUUUUAAUAUAGCUUCAAGAUCUGAUGAUACUAUUAUUGUAUCAACAUUCAAAUAUAAAGGCUUAUGCAAAAAUAAAGAAAUCAUUUAA